AUGAGUUCCUCAAACUGUAGAUUCUAUGAGAACAAAUAUCCCGAAGUGGAUGAAGUUGUCAUGGUCAAUGUGCAAGAAAUUGCCGAAAUGGGAGCAUAUGUUAAAUUAUUAGAAUAUGAUAAUAUUGAAGGUAUGGUUUUAUUAUCCGAAUUAUCUAGAAGACGUAUUCGUUCUAUCCAAAAGUUAAUCCGUGUUGGUAAGAAUGAAGUAGCUGUUGUUUUAAGAGUUGAUAAAGAAAAGGGGUAUAUUGAUUUAUCUAAAAGAAGAGUUUCAGCCGAAGAUAUUGUGAAAUGUGAUGAAAGAUAUAAUAAAUCAAAAGCAGUUCAUUCAAUCUUAAGACAUUGUGCUGAAAAGUUCAAUAUCUCGUUAGAAAAAUUAUAUGAAACCAUUGGCUGGCCAUUAAGUAGAAAAUUCGGUCAUGCUUACGAUGCAUUCAAAAUAUCAAUCACUGAUCCAACUAUCUUUGAUGAUAUUCAAGCUCCUUCAAGCGAUAUUUUAGAAGAAUUGAAAUUAUACAUUUCUAGAAGAUUAACUCCACAAGCCAUUAACAUUAGAGCUGAUGUUGAAGUUUCAUGUUUCAGUUAUGAAGGUAUAGAUGCCAUUAAGGAAGCUUUGAAAGCUGCCGAAGCCGUAACUACUCCACAAAUGCAAGUCAAGGCUAAAUUAGUCGCCGCUCCAUUAUAUUUCCUUUCUGUUCAAGCUUUAGAUAAGAAGAAAGGUAUUGAAUUAUUGGAAAAAGCAAUUGAAAAAAUUACUGAAAAGAUUGAAGCUAGUGGAGGUGUUUGUAAAGUUACCAUGGCUCCAAAGGCUGUUACUGCCACUGAAGAUGCCGAACUUGAACGUUUAUUAGAAAGAAAGGAAGCUGAAGAUAAAGAAUCUUCUGAUGAAGAAGAUGAAGAUUAA